AUGGACGCAUAUAGCAUCUCACACACUACAAGAUCCCGAAGAGGUACUUCUCGCAUCUAUCAAGAUCUUGCCGCUUGUCGAACACUACAAACCAGAGCAGUUUCGGACCCGAGCAUACAACAACUCAUUAUGGACGGCUCGCAAAAGGUGCGUAUUUCUGUGUACUUACCUAGAGGUCGUCCCAGAUCAAUUUUCAGAAUGGGAUCGUGUCAAAAUUUGAUGGAGAGGAACAGCAAAGCUUUUGCUGACAUCUCGCUAUAGAUCCGAACAGCAAACCGCACGACAAAACCAAGAAUUGGUAUUGUUGGUGCAGGCAUAGCGGGUCUUCGUUGCGCCGAUGUAUUAUUAAAACACGGGUUCGAUGUCACAAUCCUCGAAGCAAGGGAUAGGACAGGUGGAAGAGCACAUCAGGUCACAUUGCCAUCAGGCUACUCUGUAGAUUUAGGCCCAAAUUGGUUCGGUCUCUAGAAAUAUGUUGUAUCUCGCACAUUGUGUUGACUAUGAACUCCAGGAUACAUGGAACGGAACAUAACCCAAUCUUGGAUUUAGCGAAGCAAACAAAUACCCCGACACAUACAUGGGACGCUAAGUCACAUGUAUUUGGCGAAGAUGGAAUUAUUCUGGAAGAAGGAGCCUCGUUGAUGGAAUCUAUGUGGAACAUCGUGGUUCAAGGGUUCAAGGACUCGGCGACAAACACAUCUACGAUUGACUCCCAGACAAGUCUGCAUGAUUUCUUCUCUGAAAAAGUACAUGAGUUACAUCCAGGACCCGGAGAAGAGGAGAUUAGGCGGAAGGUUGUUAUGCAAAUGUCUGAGUUGUGGGGCGCGUUUGUUGGAAGCCCAGUCACUACACAGAGUCUGAAGUUUUUCUGGUUGGAAGAGUGUCUCGAUGGGGGUGAGUGUUUUAUUUCUCUUGAUUCUCUCUUUUUAUCGCAAGAUAACAAAACUACAUGCUAACGUUGAACAGAAAAUCUUUUCUGCGCCGGGACGUAUAAGAACAUCAUCAGUCAGAUCGCGGAACCUGCCAAGAAGGAUGCAGACAUAAAACUUUCAACAAAAGUGGUUUGCGUCAAAUCGGGUACUAAAAAUGUUAAACUCCGAACGGUAAAUGGACUCGAACUUGAGUUCGAUGAGGUAGUAAUGACGAAUCCCUUGGGCUGGUUGAAGAUUAACAAAGAUGUCUUUACACCACCGCUACCCCCCAGAUUUUCCCAAGCAAUCGACUCUAUUGGCUAUGGAUCACUAGAAAAGGUGAGCUUUGCGCCUAAUUUGCGAGGUGCUCCUACUGACAUUCCUAUAGGUGUACAUUACGUUUCCUAAAGCUUUUUGGCUAAAAGAAGGCGUGCCAGAUUCAGAUCAGUUUACCAGCUUUACACAAUGGCUAUCCCCUUUCUACGCUGCAGACACAAACCCGGAACUCUGGAGUCAAGAAGCUGUGGAUCUCUCAACGCUCCCGGGAUCAUGUAAACACCCCACAAUGCUCUACUACAUGUACGGUGCGCAAUCUAUUGCCCUCUCCAAUAGCCUCUCCGCUCUCCCCACCGAGCAGGAGAAACAAGAUUACUUGAUCAAAUUCUUCAAACCGUACUUUUCGCGUCUCCCCUCCUACUCUCAAACGUCUCCGGACUGCGUCCCAACUUCUUGUCUCUUCUCAGAUUGGAUUCGCGAUGAAUACGCUGGGUACGGAAGUUACACUACAUUCCGAACGGGUCUAACUGAGGGAGAUAAGGAUAUUGAAAUUAUGAGGGAGGGUUUGCCUGGUAGGAGUCUUUGGUUUGCUGGCGAGCAUACAGCACCUUUCGUUGCGCUGGGCACGGUUACGGGUGCUUACUGGAGUGGUGAAGCGGUGGGAGAGAGGAUUGCGGAAGCGUAUGGAAUGGGACAUGUGGCAAAGGGACGGGUGGGAAGUAUUCCCGACAUGGAUGAUUUGGAUACGACGGGGUUGAAGGAGGUUAACUUUAGGGGGUUUGCGGAUAGUCCUUUGGAGAAGUGA